UUUUAUUGAUUACUAUCUUUUUUAAAUCGUUUAAAAAAAAACUCCAGUGUAUGAUGGAUUUUAGUGCGUGUACGAAAUUUUGUUUUUGUGUCAAAAAGUUUUUUGUUUUCGGCCGUAUCCGUCAAAAUUACAGUUUUCAAGCCUCAUACAUUCGAUAAAAAAACGAAAAAAUGGAAAAUGUAUCGGACACUUUGUCCCAAAGCGAAGACCUGGAAGGUCAAAUGAAGCAGAUGACCGUUUUACGUACAGAAUACGCGCAACUCAAAUCCCAAAUGGGCAACAGCGAAGAACCUAAGACUCAACAAUUGAACUCGAUCGCAGAAGUGCCUCAGGUAGUUGAAAAAAGGGUCAAUUUAAAAGAGAAACUAGUUACAUUCUUCAAAAGCAGAUCCUCUCACAAAAGUAGUAGCUCUAAAUCGGAUAAUUCCGAGCAAACCCACAAUGAAGCCGGGCCUAGCGAAGCAUCUUCAGGCAAAACUCAAAAUUCUUCUUUAGAGAGCGAGUUGGAGAUGGCCAGGUCCCAUAUAGAAGACCUAAAGCUCCAAUUGGAAUCCCAAGAAGCGGAAAUGGUCAAAAUGCUAGACGAAAAUAGAAAACUAUCUCUCGAAAACGAACAAAUUCGGGCGGACCUCAUUUUCAAACAGAACGACGUCAACAUUCUUUCACAAGCUCACAGCGAAAUAGACAAUGACCUCAAAACUAAAGAGGAGGAAUUGGACAAACUGAAAAUUGAACAUCAGAAUGUGAAAGGCGAACUCGAAUUUAAGGUGAAAAUGAUCAACCAGAUGGUUGUCGAAAUGGAUCAAUUGCAAGCAGACAAAUCGAAUUUAUUAACAGAAAUUCAAACAUUGAGAGGCAAUGUGGACGAACGUCUCGUGGUGCUUCAAAAUGAUAACGAGAACUUACAAGAAGAAGUGAAAAGGGCAAAUGAAGAACUGGGACGUAUACAGAAACAAAUGGAGCAAGCAGUGGUUGAAUUGAGGCACCAAAGGGAAAAGGCUUCGUUAGAAGGGAAGAUAUCUAUCAUUCAUAAUCAUAAUAGAGCUCUGAUGAGUGAAAGAGUUAGCCUGGAAAGUGAAAAUUCCAGUUUGAAAAGACAACUUGAGGAGAUGCUUCAACAAACGCACCAAACCUCGUCUGAAAUGUCCCAACCCAUGGACGCAGAGCAAACUUUUGAUUUAGAGGAAGAAUUCACACCAAAAAACAAUACAACAGAAGAUUCUGGAGAACUUGAACACACAGAUAAAAAUUAAUUAGUUGCAUGAGAAACGAAGAGAAACUUUAUAAUGGCAGAAGCCAACAUCAUUAGAUUCAAUAAUUUUAUUAAUAAUUAUUUGUUAAUGUAAAUAGCAUUCCCAUAUAUUAAUAUGCACAAGCGGCAUCUGCAAAUAAAGAAGUACUAUAACCAAGUAAAUCAUUAUA